AUGGCAGUCCUGUUCCGAUCAACGGUAACCUUCCUCCCUCUCUUUUUCGGUGCUGCAAUGGCCCAGUUCUUCUUUCGAAAUCCGAUCGUGGAAAGUCCAUCAAGGAAACCAGAUUUCGACACCAGUUAUGAGGGAUGGUGGGAACUUGUUAGCUUAAACUCCGGCGUAUCGGCCAUGCACAUUGUCUUGUUGCCUCACAACAAGGUUAUCAUGUUCGACGCCACCGUCUUCGGCCCUUCCAAUAUUCAGUUGCCUCCCGGGAAUUGUCGGUUCGAUCCCACCAACAAGGAAACCCAAGAGGAUUGCUGGGCUCACGCUGUUGAAUAUGACAUUGUAACCGGAGCUCUCCGCCCUCUCAAGAUCCUUACUGACACGUGGUGCUCAUCGGGAGCGCUCUCGGCUGAUGGAACCCUCGUGCAGACUGGUGGCUGGAACGAAGGGGGCAAAGCGGUGCGGCACCUAUCCCCAUGUGACACGUGUGACUGGGAAGAGUACCCAACAGCACUAUCUGUGCAAAGAUGGUAUGCCACUCAGCAGAUCCUCCCCGACGGCAGCUUCAUCGUUGUUGGAGGCCGUAGGCAGUUCAGCUAUGAAUACGUACCAAGAGCCGGCGAAUCUAAUCCCACCAACUUCAGGCUCCCAUUCCUCCAGGAGACCACCGACAAAGUCGAAAACAAUCUCUACCCUUUUGUCCACCUCUCGACUGAUGGAAACCUCUUCAUCUUUGCUAACAACCGUUCCAUCCUCCUCGACCCCACUUCCAACACCGUUGUUCGUGAAUUCCCUAUCUUACGUGGUGGGUCGCGCAACUACCCGUCCUCGGGUAUGUCUGUCCUCCUGCCGAUAAGGCUCCGUGGGGACCAGGCAGGGAAGGUCGUCUCUGCUGAAGUCCUGGUGUGUGGUGGGUCCCCAUCAUGGUCAGCCAAGCUGGCAGCUGAAGGGAAGUUUGUGCCGGCGCUACAAACAUGCGGUAGGAUAACGAUAACUAAGGCCGACACUGUGUGGAGGACGGAACUAAUGCCGAGUUCAAGGGUGAUGGGAGACAUGCUACUGUUACCUAACACUGAUGUACUGAUGAUCAACGGUGCGAUGAACGGUUCAGCUGGAUGGGGUUUUGCAAGCGAGCCUAAUCUCGAACCGUUGCUCUACAAGACCAUGAAGCCACAGGCCGAGCGAUUUGUGAGGCUCAAACCAGCCACGAUACCACGUAUGUACCACUCGACCAGCGCGGUGUUGCCCGAUGGGUGCAUCUUGGUAGCGGGAAGCAACACGAAUAACGGCUACAUUUUUACAGGUGUGCCAUAUCCCACCGAAAUGAGGGUGGAGAAGUUCUGGCCACCUUACUUGGAUCCCUUGCUGGCGAUACAUCGGCCGUUGAUUGUGUAUGAAUUUUCCAUGGAAACGAUAAAAUACGGGCAGAUGUUCCCGAUACAGAUUAUGUUGGUUGAACCGGACUUGAAUUGGUCGGACUUGAAGGUGACAAUGUAUGCACCGCCAUUCACGACGCAUGGGUACUCCAUGAACCAGAGGUUGGUGGUGCUGAGGAUGAGGGAGGUAGUGGUGGUGGGGCCGGCCAUGUAUAAGAUCGUGGCCAUGGCGCCACCGACGGGUGCGAUCGCUCCGCCAGGGUAUUAUCUUGUGUUUGUUGUUCAUCGUGGGGUGCCUAGUAAGGGUAUAUGGAUCCGGAUUGAGUAGAAAUAGAGAUUUCUUUGAAUUUGAACGUUGGAUUUAUUUAUUUUUUUAAAAAUCCCCCUCUAUUGAUUUAUUUUUCAAUGGAAAUUCUUUAAUCUAAGCAGUUUUUAUUUUUAUUUUUUAUUUUGGUUGGGGUGGAAAUGGUGGAAAUAUGAUCGAAGUUUCAUGCUUGAAUUUUGAUCUUUGUAGAGGCCCACUUUGAUGGAUGGCGCUGGUGGGCCCAUUGCUUGGCAAACGAAUGAUGGGCUAGUUUGUAGGUUCUGGCAGAGUCCACGCCCAUGCUCCGGGUCCAUACCCGGAAAUUUUGAAUGAUCAUCAGACGAACACAAACCAUCCAAAUUGAUGGGCCCAACCUGUAUAGGCCAUGUACUACAAAUUGAAUUGAUUGGAUAUUCCAAACUAUGUGAACGUUUUCUAUCUCACAGAAUGCUGUCCACGUGGCACAAUAAUUGGGGUGGCAAUUGAUUGAUUUUGGGCUGGGUUGGGGUCAGCCCAAUCCUGACUCAUUUA